AUGCAGGCCACUCUGUUCAAUCCCAUCCCCUACAUGCAUGGCUGUGGAGGCUCCCUGAUCCACAAGGAAUGGGUCCUGACGGCCGCUCACUGCUUCAUGGCGCCUCUGGGUAACCCCACCUAUUGGCGCAUGUGUCUGGGUAAACACCACAUGAACUCGUCCCGGGACCUCCCUUACCAUGAGGCCUGCUACAAGGUGGACGGCAUCAUCAGGCACAAGGGCUUCGUGUACGAGCAGGACAAGACGGACAUCACUAACGACAUCGCCCUGGUGCAUUUGAGCUCUGCAGUCAACAUGACCAGGGAGAUUAGUCCCGUGUGUCUGCCGGCGCUCGGCGCCCUGAUGCCUGCUGGGAAACCCUGCUACGUCACGGGGUGGGGCGACGAGAAAGGUAGCCUCUUCCCUGUUGUGUCUGAGAAGUUGAACCAGGCAGCCCUGCCUAUCGUCCCCUUCGCCACUUGCAGUAAGCCAGCCUACUGGUGGGACACCCUGAGACCCUCCAUGAUCUGUGCCGGAUACGAGUCUCCAGACGAGCUCAAGUCAGCCUGCCAGGGUGACUCAGGUGGACCCUUCGCCUGCCAACCCUCAGCCUCAGACCCUUGGGAGGUCCACGGCAUCGUCAGCUUCGGCGCCUUCGGCUGUAUCAAGGACAAGAAACCCUCUGUGUUCACCAGAGUGUCCUCCUUCAACGACUGGAUUGAUGAUAACAUGAAGAGGUUCAUCUAUGAGAAGUCGCUAAACUAA